GCUACAUUGGUCUUUCACUCUGCACCACAAAGGACAAACCGCCUGCGUGUUAACACGGACUUCAGGGUGAAACUUUCCUCGAGCGUCCUUCGGUUUGCUUUUUGUCCAGAAAAGCUGAAAAGACUCACGCAGCCCACCCAGGGACACCAAAUUGUCGUGGAAAUUAGACAACACCCGCAAACUCGUCCUCUGAAGUCAGUGGUAAGGCUGCAUAUGUCUUUCACUCUGCACCACAAAGGACAAACCGCCUGCGUGUUAACACGGACUUCAGGGUGAAACUUUCCUCGAGCGUCCUCGGGUUUGCUUUUUGUCUAGAAAAGCUGAAAAGACUCACGCAGCCCACCCAGGGACACCAAAUUGUCGUGGAAAUUAGACAACACCCGCAAACUCGUCCUCUGAAGCAGAGAAUCCAGGAGAAGCAGAAGAAGGUGCAGGAGCUGUAACAGGCUGUGAACACUAUAAAGCUCAGUGCACAGACAGCAGUGGAGGACAGUAAGAGGAUCUUUACUGAGAUGAUCAGCUCCACGGAGAAGAUGCACUCAGAGGUGACGGAGCUGAUCAGCACUCAGGAGAAGGCUGAACUGAGUCGAGCUGAACGACUCCUGGAGCAACUGGAGCAGGAGAUCACUGACCUUCAGAGGAGAGUCACUGAGCUGGAGCAGCUUUCACACACAGAUGAUCACCUCCACUUCCUCCAGGAAAUAAAGUCUGAUCUCCGUGAGUACUCACGCAGCAUCACUGUCAAUCAACAUCUCUCAUUUGAUGGAGUGAGGAAAUCUCUCUCUGAUCUGAAAAAGAGACUCGAGGAAUUCUACCAGGAGGAAUUCAUCAAAAUAUCAGAACAUGCUGCAGCAGUUCAGAACAUUUUACCGUCAGAACCAAAGAACAGAGAAGAUUUUCUGCAGUAUUUCUGUGAUCUGACUCUGGAUCCCAACUCAGCAUAUUAUCACCUCAUUCUGUCUGAGACGAAGAGAGAAGUGAUGUACAGUGAGAGAAGGCAGAACUACUUUGAUCUUCCAGAGAGAUUUGACAACAGGCCUCAGGUGUUGAGUAAGGAGAGUGUGGGUGGACGCUGUUACUGGGAGGUGGAGAGGCGCCGUGAUGGUGUGGACAUAUCAGUGUCAUAUAAAGACAUCAGCAGGAAAGGAAGGGGUAAUGAGUGUAAGUUUGGAGCCAAUAGUCAGUCCUGGAGUCUGCAGUGUUCUUGUUUAUAUUCCCUCACUUUCUUUCACAACAACAUUGAGACUGAUCUCGGAGUUCCAGCACCCUCCAGAAUAGGAGUGUAUGUGGAUCACAUUGCAGGAACUCUGUCCUUCUACAGCGUCUCUGACCCGAUGACGCUCCUCCACAGAGUCUGCACCACAUUCACGCAGCCUCUAUACGCUGGGUUCGCGCUCCACUGGUUGUUUGAUACUGUGAGAUUUUGUGAACCAUAAGUAUGUGUGUAGUGUUUUAUGUAUAAUUCAAUGCGUUUCCGUUCUACACACGUUUCUGAUUUAAACACACACACUCUCAAACUGACAUACACACAAACACACACAAAUUCACACAGAAAACAAACACGCACAAACGCUCACAAGCACAGACACAAAAAACACAAACUCAGACACACACACAGAAACACAAACACACUCGGACACGCACACAAAAGCAUAGACACAAAAACAAAGAAACACACACAUGAAUACAAGCGCCCUCACAAACAAACACAAAAACGCGCUCACACACACACUGUCUCACUCUCCACAUAAAUAUAUCAUAUAAAUAUAUAUAAGCUCCUCCACAGAGAUCACACCACAUUCAAUCAGCCUCUAUACGCUGGGUUUAUGCUCAACUGUUACGGAUCAACACUUGAGAUUGUGAUCCAAAAUAAACUGGUGGUGUUUUUUUACUUUUCAUAUGUUAAUAUGUUCAUACUUUUCAUUGUUUCUGAAUAUAUGUUGUAUUAAAAAUAAUACAGUUGAGUAUGAUUCUUUUAAUUUCAAAUGUCCAUCUGCACUGCAUCCAGUCUAGCAUACAUGCACCAAGUGUAAAAUAUCAUUAAAAUAUGAAAUCCUUUAUGUUUGAGCUUCUCAUCUAAAAUGGCAUUUGUAGAUAAUUUUUUUGUAUAACAAGCCAUUAUACAGAUCACAUGACUAAAAAGUUUACAGUGUUUGUUUCAUCCCACUAAACUGUAUAAAUGUUUUCUUCAGUCCAUCGCUCUGCAUUGCAGAUUUAUCCACUAUAUUUGUUUACAUUAAUCUGAUUGUGUGUGUGUGUCACAGUGCUUGAUCAUUAAUCAUUACAUUCUGAAUUUCUACAGCAAAUAAAAGAUACUAGGAGAUAUCGCUGUUCACAACAAAUUUAU